AAAUCAAAUGAAUUUCCUGCUUACUACGUCAUUGUAUUUGUUCACUGUGAACCUAAUAAGCUGUUCUAUUACAACUCAAUAUUACCAACAUUUAAUAAAUCAACGAACAAAAGAAGCAUUGAGAUAUAAAUUACCCACGAGUAACAACGAAUUUAAACUGGGAGUCGAAUCUGAAAACACCGAAGGUAAACAAGUCCAAGAAAUGCGAUUAGUUUUGUUUGCUUUUUCAGAAUAUGGCGAAUUCGAUUUCGUAAUAGUCGGAGCAGGAUCAGCAGGAAGUGUUCUAGCCACACGACUAUCAGAAAUUGAUGAUUUCACCAUCUUACUAUUGGAAGCUGGAGGUGAAGAAGAUGACUUCAAUCAAAUACCUGCAUUGUGGUUGUACAAUCAAUUUAGUGAGAAAAAUUGGGGUUACUACUCCAUACCACAAAAACACUCUUGCUUGGGGAUGAAUAACAAGCAAUGUGUUGUUCCUCGAGGAAAACUAUUAGGUGGUAGCAGCUCGAUCAACGGCGUGAUGUACUCUAGAGGCAACUGCAAGGACUACGAUAAAUGGUAUCAAAUCGGAAACCGAGGAUGGUCCUGCAAAGACGUUCUACCGUACUUCAAAAAAUCCGAAAACUCCCAAAUAAGUGGUGACGAAAACUACCGCGGCAAAGGGGGUUUCUGGAACAUUGAGUACCCGCUGCCAGAUUCACCACUGUAUCAAAAUUUCGUUAAUGGCAGUUUAGAACUCAAACAACCCAUUGUGGAGUACAACGGCAAAAAUCAAAUUGGAGCAUCACACUUACAGUCCAAUAUCAAACAUGGAAGGCGACAAAGUCUUGCAACCGCAUUUCUAGACAAUAGUCGGCAUCGCAGUAACCUUAAGGUUCUAACUAAGACACUAGUGACUAAAGUCGUCAUUGAUCCACAAUCAAAAAAAGCAACCGGUGUUGAAUUUGUCACAAGAAACAAAAAAUUCCACGUACGAGCUACGAAAGAAGUUAUUGUUUCUGCGGGUGCUGUAAACACACCACAGCUGUUGAUGCUGUCAGGAGUUGGACCCAAAGAUGAGUUAAGCAAAUUGGAGAUUCCAGUAGUCGCAGAUUUACCAGUUGGGAAAAACCUUAUAGAGCAUCCAAUUCUUGGCUUGAUGGUUCGUUCAGACUACACGCCACCCAAAAUCGGUCUUAAUGAAUUGAUACAACAAUAUUUGAAUGGUUUUGGUGCGUUAACUAAAGGAGCAAAUGUGGAGGGCGUUGGCUACAUACAAACAAAAAACGAUUCCAGCGAAGUACCAACAAUAGAAAUUUUGGUUUCAAUACCCCCUCACAUCGACAGUUCUAUUUUCCAGCGACAAUUCAACUACAACAAAAACAUUAUCGACGGCUUACUCGACACGAUCGAUCCACAAAGAGACAUAUUUUUCUACAUAGUACUACUUCACCAGAAAUCUAGGGGACGAAUUUUCUUAAAUUCAGGCAGUCCGAUUGAUUUUCCAAACAUCGAUUUUAACAUGUUGUCUGAACAGGAGGACGUAGACACUUUGAUUGAAGGUGUGAAGUACGUCCAGAAGCUCUUAAAAACCCACGCUUUCAGAAAAAUUAAUGCAACCUUACUGGAAGUUCCUAUUUGCACUAAUUUUAAAAUCAGUUCUAAAGAAUACAUGGAAUGUUUAAUUCGUAACUUAGCCAAUAGUGGCUCCCACCCCUGUGGAACAGCAGCGAUGGGACCAAACAAUGGAAACUUUGUUGUUGGUGACACUUUGGAAGUGCAUGGAGUUGGGAAUUUGAGGGUUGUUGACGCAUCGAUUUUCCCAUCGUCGAUUUCUGGGCACUUGAACGCACCCACUGUCAUGGUAGCAGAGAAAGCUGCUGAUCUUAUUAAAAAGGAGCACAAAUAUCUUUAA